GCCCUCAUACAUGUUCGUGGGUGUGUUUCUUAUGCUCAGCACAAUUACAUAUUAUAUCAGCACUUAAGGGCAGCUGCAUUCUAACAAAGCUCUUUCUGUUCUACAUCUCUGGACUACUUUCUUUAAAUCAUUAAACUGCCAGAUAAUGGAGGGUUUCCGUUUGGCAAACGUGUCUUUGGCCGUAGACAUUCUAAAAAUGUUCUGUGAAAAAAGCAAGACUGAUAAUUUCAUCUUCUCCCCGCUUUGUAUUUCUUCUGCUUUGACUUUAACUUUUAAGGGAGCCAAAGGUAACACAUCAACAGAAAUAGAAAAGGUUCUUCACUUCGAAAAGGUCAACGAUUAUGAUUUUGGAUUUCAAACACUGACGGCAGACAUUUCCAGAUUGUGUUCCCCCCUUAAAGUUGUAAAGAAGCUUUAUGUUGACAGUAGUCACAAAUGUACUAAGGAGUUCCUAAAUUCAACCAAGAAGCCCUAUCCAUCAGAACUGGAAUCAAUUGACAUUAAAAGUCGAGCAGAAGAGGCUCGAAACCAAAUAAAUGCAUCAGUAAAAGACCUGACUGAUGGUCACAUGGAGACAGUAUUGGAUGAGGAUUCCUUAAAUGAGAAUACCAAUAUGGUUUUGCUUGGAGCUUCAUAUUUAAAAGGAUGCUGGUUGUAUAAGUACAAUGAAUCUGAAACAAAAGAGGCAGAGUUUCAUAUUAGCAAGACUGAGACUAAGCCUGUACAAAUGAUGCAUCAGGAAGCACAACUUGGUUUUCGAUUUGUGAAAGAGUCAAACUUGUCAGUCGUGGAAAUUCCUUUUGAAGGGAAACAAAUGAGUAUGCUUAUUUUACUGCCCAAAACAAUGGAAGAUGAAUGUACAGGACUUGAAAAGCUGGAAAAGGAACUAACAUAUGAGAACUAUGCCAACUGGACCAAUCCCAGUAUGUUGGCCAACAGCAAAGUAAAGUUGUCUUUGCCUACCUUCAAGAUUGAAAGCUGUUAUGACUUGAAGGACACACUAAAUAGCCUGGGGAUAAAGGAUGCCUUCAAUGAAGAGGCGGCUGAUUUUUCUGGCAUGUCAGAGAGUAAAGGAUUAUCACUAUCCCAGGCAAUAUGUAAGGCAGCUAUUGAGAUAAAUGAGGAUGGCUAUGAAACACCAGAUGUGUCAAAAGGAAGACACCUGAUGCCAAAAACAGAAUGCGUCGUUAACAGCCCUUUUAUUUUUAUUGUUAGACACAACAAAACUCAAAGUAUUUUCCUUUGUGGCAGGUACCGUGGCCCUAGCCAGGACUGCACCUCCUCUUAAAGUUCACAUCUAACCAAAGGUUUGUAUAAAGCAGAAAUCCA